GUUUUUCUCAAUUUAAACUUGUUUCCCAGUUUAAACUUAGAAACAAACAUUAAUGUUAAAUGGAGUUCUGCUAGUUGUUUGCAGAAAUCUUCAGUUAUCUGUCAUCCUGACAGCCGACAUGUUGAACAGUUCAGAAUAUGUGGAUAUGGAGUCGUUUUCCUCAGAAGAACUUUAUUACUUUUUUGGAAAUUCUGACUCAGUGACACAUUUAACAAAUCAGACUUUUAACACAGAUUCCCUAACACAACAGUAUGCAGGUCAGUGAUUCAUAACUAGAUUUGUAAAUAAAUCAUUGUACAGAAAUAAUCUAAUUUAUGUUUUAAUUGGAGGUCUGAUGGGAAGAACAAUCCCAAGAACAAAACUCAGAUAAGCAGACAGGAAUGCUGGAGCCUGCAGCUAGUUUCCUCUGCCACGUGGAGGAAUUUCCCCAAGCAGGAAGGAAAGGGAAGAGUCUAAAUAAGGGCAUGGGGCAGAGUCAAGGGCUGGGAAUGCUCUGCGUCAGAAGUGGGAUAGGCUGUUGACCUGCCUAUAAAAGCUGCUGACGGUGGAAGAGCUAAGACAUUGAACCACUGAGCUAUACUCUGAACAGACUGAACCAGAUCCAGAAUUAUGCUGUUACAGCCAGUCUGGAGCUUCCUGCUAGGACACUCGUCUCUCCUGCACUCCCCCUUCUUCCCGGUCUUCUUCUCCCUGACUGUGUACCUGAUCUUCUGCCUGCCAUUCCUGCUGCUGGACCUGCUCUCCUCCAGGUGGAGCUUGGUGCACAAGUACAAGUUACAGCCUCAGAGCUCCAUCAACUGGACCACAGCGCAAAGCUGCCUGGCUCUGACCCUCUAUAACCACCUGAUCUUCAUCUUCCCCCUCACUGUGCUCAACUGGUACCUCCGACCAGUGCUGUUGCCCCAGGAGGCUCCACCCCUACCUCAAAUGGUAGCUCAGGUCCUGGCCUGCCUGCUCCUUUUUGACUUUCAGAGCUUCAUCUGGCACCUGCUCCACCACAAGGUGCCCUGGUUAUAUCGCACCUUUCACAAGCUGCACCACACCUACACCUCCACCUCGGCACUGACUGCAGAGUACUCCGGGGUCUGGGAGACACUGAGUUUGGGCCUGUUUGCUGCUGCCAACCCUUUGUUGCUGGGCUGCCAUCCCCUCACAGAGAUGCUCUUCUUCAUUGUGAACAUUUGGCUGUCGGUGGAGGACCACUGUGGUUAUGAUUUGCCCUGGGCUACACACCGUUUGAUCCCUUUCGGCCUGUAUGGUGGUGCACGCCACCAUGACCUCCACCACAUCAAGUCGAAAUGCAACUAUGCACCUUACUUCACACAUUGGGACCGUUUGACUGGGACACUGUACACAUAGGACAGAGCUGUGGGGACGAAGUGUUCCUGAAUGCAACUCAGCUUAGACUGCUGCAAGAUGUCCAGACACAGAUAUUCAUGAAGUGAUAAAGACUGUAAACUGAUGGGCCAGUACAGAAGCUCUCUUUUUUUUAGCUGCAAUACUUAUAUUUAUUGAUGUAUUUAUUACCAGUCAAAGCUUAGAGCCGGACUUAAAGCUUCCAGUAGUAUGUGGAAAGUCUGUCAGUCUUCAUAUGGAGCUGCUUCAGGACCCACAAUCGGAGUGAAGUUCUGAUCCAGGUUCUGUUUCUUUAAAGACUUUUGUUUUAGUUUAAAGUUGAUCUUGAAACAGUCAGAAAUUUUUUUAUAUUGAACAGUUUAACCUGCACAGUUUGUGUAGUUUUAUACACACCUCCUUGUCCCUAGAGGAAAGUGAAAGGAAUAUGAACAGAGAGCAAGAAUAAGCUGAGUGGGAAGCUGCUGGGCAGGAAGAGGAAGGAGAUGACAAAACAUGAUAACUUAAGCGGAGGAGGAUGAGGAAUAUUAUAUAAGAAUUUAUUGGACGGAAAUAGUUUUUGAAGGAAAUUGUGAAAUCUACUGUGAAAAAUGUAAAAGUAAUAAUGCACUGAGAAAAGAAAUCAAAUAAAUAUUUCAAUAUUUCAAGGAGUAACAAUUCCUGUUGUAAACUGUUUUUUCUAUGUUUGUUCUUAAAGCUACCACUUCCUUUUCUACAUUAAUGUAUUACUUGACCAGCUAGUUUUCCAGAAGGGGAAAACAUUCUGGAAGAUUUAUUCCGAUUCUGCUUACUGAAUCUCUUUGACAGCUACUGAUCAUAUUACUGACCAAUUGUAGCUAAGUACGUGCUAUUGAUCACUUAAUUCAGAUCAGAUGUUGUUGAUCACAUUGUUAGUAAUAUGUUAAUGAUCUCAUGUUUCAUUCCAGAUCCAGAUGUCAGACCUGAGUAAACUGUGCAGAUGAUUCACCGAGUUCUGAACAUCCUCCCUACCAUCACCCCCACUCUACCCUUGUCUCUUCAGAGAGAUUGGAUCAAAAUUGGGAUAAGGAACUAUUUUAUAGUUGUUCCUUUGGAACAUAUGAUCCAUUAAAGUAGGUCUGUAAUUUUUAUUAAGUAAAAUGUUUUUUUUACGUAUUUGUUGAAACAGUGACUAUGUUAUGACAGUAUGAUAGCAUACAGAUAAUCUGUGAAAAAACCAAGCUCCUCUGCCUUCUCCCAGUGCUCCCAGUACUAACUACAGAAAUACAUAGCUCAGUUAGAAACAACCAAUCAGAGCCAGGAGAAGGGAUUUAGCAUUGUCAGUCACCUUUGUGUGUAUGCUGUUCAUAUUGUCCCCCUUUCUCUCUACUAUGCUACAGCUGGUUCAUCACAGCAGAGUCUGCCAGGAUUGCUCAGGCUAGUUAGCAUCACCACCAAUGACAGCAAUUUUCCUGUGAAAAAACUCUGCCAAUAGUACCUUUAGCCGUGCAUAUACAAGUCCUGGCUCUGAUUGGGUAUUUUUGGUCGGGAGCAAUGCAUUUCUUUAGACAGGAAUUAGCUCAGGGAGGAGGUGGAGGAGAUCCAUCUUUUCACAGAGUAUGUGUUUCAUGUUAUACUGUCAGGAGAUAGUGACAGUUUUAGCAAAUAU